AAUUAGAGCAGUUCUGCGAGCUGUCCUGACUACGGAAGCUUUUAAGGAAGACCAGUAAAAUAACUCCUAAAUUACCUUCCGAAGCUGUGAACAAUGGCUAUUCGUGAAAUUCUACUCCAGAUCUUCACUGGGUCGUCUGACUUUUCCUCUCGUCUUUUUGAAAUCGCUGAUAAUUUGGUGCACUGCACAGCUAUUUAAUUUCACAAUGUUUAAAAAUAACUCUGACUCUCCGCUCCAGCUCCCUGACCCGUGUUUACAUCGUGGCCUUGGAGGUCACACGAUCAAGCUCCAUGCCCCACCCAUUAAAUACGAAACGCAUGUAAAUCCACACACACAUAGUAGGCACGUGAAAGCAUUAACAUUACGGCACUUUUCGGUUUGUCAGCCGGCGAUUCAUGGGGAGUACGCUGCCGGCGUAACCGCAAUAAGACUGCAUACGUGGCGACAGCAGCUGGCUUGGAGUUGGAGCUUGGACACGUGCCAUGAUUUUCAACUCCUGGUUUUAAUUUCGUCCUUAUUUAAUCCUCGACGAAAUGGAUUCCAAGGGAACCCUCGCAUUUAUGAUAAUAUUGGGCGCUGUUGCAAUACGAUGGUGUGUUUCCUUGAAUCCAUACUCAGGUGCUGGUAAGCCCCCUAUGUUUGGUGACUAUGAAGCCCAAAGACACUGGAUGGAGAUCACGUAUCAUUUACCAGUCGGAGAUUGGUAUCACAAUACCAGUACUAAUGACCUGCAAUACUGGGGCUUGGACUACCCCCCUCUCACUGCCUACCACAGUUUGCUUUGUGGUUAUAUAGCUGAUAAAGUGAAUCCGGAUUGGGUGGCUCUCAAGGGGUCAAGAGGUCAUGAAAGUCCGGCGCACAAACUCUUUAUGAGAUAUACAGUACUGGUUGCUGACUUGCUCAUAUACAUUCCAGCUGUACUUGCUUUCUUCUUUUGGACAGUGAAGGACCGGUCAAACGUCCAGCUUCUAUCCUCUCUUGCGGUCACUCUUCUUUACCCUGGCCUUAUUCUUAUAGACUACGGUCACUUCCAAUACAACUGUAUCAGUCUUGGGUUCACUCUUUGGGCUGUUGUUGGCAUGGCAACUAACCGUGAACUCUUAGGGUCAGUCGCAUUUGUUCUGGCAUUGAACUACAAGCAGAUGGAACUCUACCACUCUGUUCCCUUCUUUUGCUAUCUAUUGGGCAGAUGUGUGUGGUCCAAGGAUGAAAUAAGGUUAUGGAAGCUGUUUAAGAUUGGUGCAUUUGUGAUUGCAGCUUUCAUUGUCUGCUGGCUACCAUUUAUCCAAGAUAUAAAACAGAUACUUCAAAUUAUCCAUAGAAUAUUCCCAUUUGCAAGAGGUUUAUUUGAGGACAAGGUGGCCAAUGUCUGGUGCUCACUAAAUGUACUCAUUAAACUCAAGAAUAAACUUAGCCAGCCUUCGCUCAUACAGCUUAGUCUUGCCUCAACCCUGAUCAGUCUAGCGCCCUCUGCUCUUCACCUUUUACUCAACCCAACUAUACAAAAAUUCAAGUAUGCUUUGGUCAACAGUUCUUUGGUAUUCUUCUUGUUUUCAUACCAAGUCCAUGAGAAAAGCAUAUUAAUAGUAGCAUUACCAGUGUGCCUUCUUCUUCAUGAGCAAAUCUUCUUGUGUACAUGGUUUCUUCUUAUAUCUGUCUUCAGUAUGCUCCCUCUACUGAUCAAAGAUGGACUUAUUCUUGCCACCGUCCCACUCAUGAUCCUCUUCUAUACCGUGUCAAAGGUCAGCCAAAGUUCAUGGGUCAACCCUCCAUCAGACAAGAGAGGGCAGUCUAUCAUCAAGGAUGUUGCUUUCUGGAGCUCUAUGCUGGGUGCCAUUGCACUCACAACAUGUAGUCUUGUCAUCCAGCCCCCGCAACGAUUCCCGGAUCUGUGGCCGGUCUUGGUGUCAAUGUACUCCUGCGGUCACUUCGUCCUCUUCCUUAUCUGUUUCAACUACCUGCAAUUCGCAGCCGAGGACAGUGGCCAAUUAUCAGCUACAGAGGGAGCUAUUCAUAGCAAGCAGGGCAUGAGGGACGGUUCCCACGGAAAUGCCAAGACAAAGAAAGGGGGGAAGAGGAAACAGAAAACAAACAAGACAGACUAGGGUUCAGCCAGCCACUGAUUACCUCCGAUCAAGCGAUUGUGUUUUGAAUUUACGGUAAAUUGCCAUUUGGUCUACUUUGUCUUUCCAUUUGGUCUCAUCCCAUUUGGUCUAAUCCUGCUUCAUCUACAACCAGCUCUUCUUCUAUCCAUUUGGUCCAAUUGCUAUUUAGCCCAUUUAUCAAUUUGUCGUAAUUUUUCGUUUGGCUACACCCGCUUUGUCUCUUAUUUAUUUGGUCUAAACACCACUGAGUCUAUGGUCUGUGUCUGGUUACACUAACUGUUUAAUAUGAAAGAAAGUGUGAUUUGAUUAAAGGGAAAGUUUACACUAACGAGAAAUACGUUUUGAUAAAAGCAACAAAAAUAGAGGAAUAUAUUGGUGAAGGUUUUACAUCCGCCAGCAGUACAAUGAACAAGUUCGGCACAUGAAUCAGUAGUAUAAGACACCAUACAGUCAAAUAGAUCCAAUAGAUACGAAGGCUCUCAGGGCUAGCCACCUUUAUUGUUUAAGUGUGCACAACCAUGUAGACUUUAAAAAAAAAUUAUUUAUCUAUUUAUGGGAUGGAACACCCUAUCAGGUAAUGCUGUUUUUCAUAGGGGUCGUAGGACUGUCCACUGACAUGCAAACCUGGGCCCCGUCUUACAAAGAGUUACGAUUUAUCCGAUCAAUCUCAAGUAUAUGGAAUUCCAAGUAUAUGUCAUAAUUUUUUCUUUAGGAAAACAAAGAGAAGCAUACUGAAUUGUCCAGAAAACAGUGACUGUAUGAAUAUACGUUUUUGUCUAGAAAAUAUUUUGAACAAACAUGUAUUUUAGAUGUUGACGUUGCUGGCUUUCCAUAGUUGCGAUUGAUCGGAUCAUUGCAACUCUUUGUAAGACAGGCCCCAGAUACAACUAGUACAACAAACCAGUACAACAUUUAUGUGAACAUGGCUACUUACAAAAUGCAGUGGUGAAAUCCAAAAUCUCAGGGUAUCAAAUGUAUGAAAAGUAUCACAAGAAAGAUUAAUUAAUUGUCUAACAGGUUCCUGAUCUGAAUAUAAAUAAAAAGAUAUCACAUAGCAGUGUAAACGAACAUUAUAUGCUUAAAUAUGAAAAAAAAAAACAGACAUACGCUCACACACACCCACCCUCACACACACUUACACACAACAACAACAAAAACAUAAUUUCUAGGCAUUUGUUUGUCCUCAUAUACACCUUUCCAUGAUGCUUUACGUACAAUAUCUGAUGCUUUAUGGUGAUGCGCCGGAAUAUUGUCUGCAGGUAAGCCGUUGACUAAGUGUUCCAGUGUAUCAUGAUUGUUGAGACAUGCUCGUAUGCACACAAUAUCAAUCUGUAGAAUGAAAGAAGCCCCUUUUUUUCUCUCUCUGUGUCUGAAUGAACAUUACUACAGCUUACGUUUGCUUCAGCUUAACCAUAUAAAAUGGGCAUAUUGUGCAAAAGUAUCAAAGAAGUUGCUUCUCCCUAAAUGACAAAAAUAUGACACAAAAUUGCACCAGUACAUAUUAUGUACAAUGACUGUAUACAUUUUAAUUUCAUAGGCAAGCUUUCGGUACAUUGCAAGUAACAAAUUGAACAGUGGAUCAACCUUAUUUUUACCACCAUUACGUGUAGUAUGCUUGAAAUAGUAACCACUAUGUACAUAGUUCAAGUGUUCUCUGCCUUCUGUUUGAAAUCUGCGGAGUGGAAAAGGUAGGCAAGUCAUAAAAUGAUGUGCAUAGUCAAUGAAUUUAAUCAUGUAAGGAGUAAUAUUUUUCCAUGUAUAGCGUGUACAACACAAUUGAUAAAAUUGCUCUGCAAAGCUCUGUGUACCUUGCUUGAGUUGCAUGAUCGUAACCCCAGCUGUAGUCCUCGGGUCGAAGAGAGCCAACAGGUUUGUCAUCUAACCGGACAGGCUGUGGUUCUUCUUUCAAAAUAGUAUACAUAUAUAAGGUUGAAUCAAAUAUUUUUGAUGCCAUAUCAUACUCUGUUAUUUGAUACAAAUCAGGAAAAAAUGUUCUUACUUUGUUUUGGGUCACAGCAGAUAAUUCUCGUUUGGGAACAACGUUAUGUAAAACAUGGGGAUAAUCAUCACUCCCGUCAAUAAUGCCAACAAUGCUGAGAGCAUUACCCUUGUUUAAGGAGAUUGGCUCUGGAUGACCACUUUUAUCAAAAUGUAUAUAAAAGUUGCCUUGACGGGCUCCUCUUUGGUUUAUAUUACACGUCAAAUUUUCUAGAAGAACCUUUCUAGUGCCCGCUCCUGUUUUUUCCUCGUUCUUAUUGCUUUCGAAAAGUAUCUUCUGAACUUCGAGGUUGAGAAGCUUUUCCACUAUCCUGGUAAAACCAUGCAUGGUGUCAAAAAUGACAUUGCAUAAUGGAAUGUGCGGAAAAAGGGACUCUUGGUGAUUCCUGUCAAGUACUACCUCUCUGUCUGUUCUACGCCCAUUUGGAGCCAACUCUUUUUUUCCCCUCUUUAUUGCACUCGUGGUAUAAAUUCCAUCCUCUUUCGGAUGUUGGACUCAAUUUGCCAAGACCCAUCUAAAACCUUUAUGAUGAACAUCUCAUCCCCACGCAAGUACAGGUGGGUCACAUUCUGUAAUCAUAUUGUCAGAGAGUUUACAUGCAGCUAGAUUUUCUUCUAAAUUUUCCCUUGAGUCACUCUCAUAAAAGAUGGCAAAUGAAUAUGUGUGGUCAGGGCUCUGGUAUGGAAUACUGUGUAAUUUUAAGUCGUGGUUUAGAAGUGACAAAGCCAAUGCAGUUGAAUGUCUACCCCCCAUUUCCCUGCCAUCCCCCCAUAUUCUGACACACAAUUUGUCUGAUAUGAAAUGGUAUUUAAAUGUCAAGAUCUGUAACAGGCGGGCAGGAUCUAGCCUCCACCCAGUUGCUGUACGACGUGGAAGGAGAAUACAGCGAAACUGAUUAAGGUAUUUCCUUUUUGUCUCCAAUUGUGUUGCAACAUUAGGCAAACUACCAGGGAUGGUUGUUCUCAGUUCAUUUAAUAGCCUUGUGCCACUAAAGUUGUCACGUAAGUCCUCUCCCGUUACCGGAUGUAAAGAUGUGUACAUAUCAUGAACAGCAUUCUGCAUUCCCCCCCCACCAGAUUUGGACUGUUUUUUAACACACAUAUCAAUCAGCUGUGUGACAUCUUCUGCCUGUAUGUCAUGUCUGGCCAAAUUCUCUUUUAAAGAACCUUUUUCCUCCAAAUUCGUCGAUAACUUUUCAGUUACAUGUAAGUCAUGUUGGUAGUGAAAACCAGCAACGUACAGUCGGUUGAGAUAGCAUUUCAACUCUUCAUGCAUUUGCAUCUUCUUUUCUGAAUCCCCUACCUGAAGACAUGAGAGAAGUACUAAACGUGCUUGGACAGAAAUAAAUUUCCUAUUACAAAAUCAAUCGUAUUGAACAUUCCAACAAACAUUGUCCCUUUCACAUAUCUAUCUAAAAUAUAAAGUUUCAAACAUGUAAACAUUUACAUAAUAAAAAAAACCCAUGCAAUUCGUUACACAAUACAAUAAAAACAGCAUUCUUCUUACCACAUACCCACUGUGCAAAUACAUGAAAUAUUUGUACCCCCUUCCCACAAUGACAUCCAUUAUACUUAUUUCACAGCAAAACACAUUGCUGCUAUUAAAAAUGUGUUUGAGUGCCCUGUUCUCUGAUUUUUACCUUCUGUUCCUAUUUGGAAGUUGUCGCAGCAGAAGCCGUAACAGUCUGUUGAUGUAGAAUUGGCUUGUCUUUUUUCCUUAUUGUAG